AGGCUCGGCUAAUCCAAGCGAGGGAACAGGAGUCCGGAGCUGUCCUCCGCUGCCCACCCACCCCCCGCGUCCUCCUCCCAAUUCGGUCCCUGUCUUGCCAGGGAAACGGAGCGGCGGCUCGGAGCUGGAGCGGCUUCUCGGAGGCGGAGGCCAGCGCAGGGUCAGCGGGAGUGGGAAAGCAGCCCAGAGGCCGCUGAAGCCGCCUCCAGCGGGGUGGCGGACGGGUCGGAGCUACCCAAAUCCUCUCGCCUGGGCAAAGAGGCGCCCCGCGGUUCCCCGUCAAGAGCCCGCUCCCAGCCCCACCACGAGGGUCUGCAAGAGAAGCGACCCCCGCCGGCGGAGAUCGGAUGGCCCGCUUGGCCGGGAUCUUGGGGAUCCGGCCUCUUGGGGGGGGGAGGAGGACCAAGGGGCAGCAGAACCCCGCGCCUCUGCCCGGCUAAGCCGGACUCCGGGCAUUGCCUGCCCUGGCCUUUGCCCACCCCACCACCACCACCCGCCGCCCGCUUUCCCUAAAGAAUUGCUCUAUAGGUCCCCGUUGGCCAAACUGAGAAAGUUCUAAAAAGGUGCCCCCACAUUCCUGAGGAAUAAACCCCUGGGAGUCCCCAGAUGCUUUGCCUCCUUCUCUUCCGUGCCUUUUCCAUUGGUUUUGAACUUCGGCCUUCGUAGACAGCAAAAAAAAGAAGAAGAAGAAGAAGAACCUGAACGGAUGUGUGACACAGUGCCCUUUGGAGUUUCUGGGGGAUCCUCACUUUAGUAAUCUGGGGGUAAAUCGCUUGGCCAGUUGUGGUCUGCUCCCCCACCCACCCCCCAUCCAUCCCACGCCGCAGCCAUGAAGUUUCGUCUCCUCACGGCUUACGCACUGCUCCUCGCGAUCUCCCGAUGCUGGGCUGUCAGCUUUCCAGAAGAUGACGAUCCUAUUAACGUGGUCGACUACCAUUAUUCCAAGCAAUAUCCAGUGUUUAGAGGACGCCCUUCAGGCAACGAAUCUCAACACAAGCUGGACUUUCAACUGAUGCUGAAAAUUCGAGACACACUUUAUAUAGCUGGCAGGGAUCAAGUUUAUACAGUAAACUUAAAUGACAUUCCAAAAGGGGAAGUUGUUCCAAGCAAGAAGCUAACGUGGCGGUCAAAACAACAGGACCGGGAGAACUGUGCUAUGAAAGGAAAACACAAAGACGAAUGCCAUAACUUUAUUAAAGUCUUCGUCCCCAGGAACGAUGAGAUGGUGUUUGUCUGUGGAACAAAUGCUUUUAAUCCUAUGUGCCGUUAUUAUCGGCUAAGUACCUUGGAGUAUGACGGUGACGAAAUUAGUGGUUUGGCCAGAUGCCCGUUUGAUGCCAAGCAAACCAAUGUUGCUCUCUUUGCUGAUGGCAAACUCUAUUCUGCCACCGUCGCGGAUUUCUUGGCAAGCGACGCUGUUAUUUACCGGAGCAUGGGGGAUGGGUCAGCCUUACGAACAAUAAAAUACGAUUCCAAGUGGAUAAAAGAGCCCCAUUUCCUUCACGCCAUCGAAUACGGGAACUUUGUUUAUUUCUUCUUCCGAGAGAUUGCUGUGGAACAUAACAAUUUAGGCAAGGCUGUGUAUUCCCGGGUGGCUCGCAUCUGCAAAAAUGACAUGGGAGGCUCUCAGAGAGUGCUGGAAAAACACUGGACAUCAUUCCUGAAAGCACGUCUCAACUGCUCGGUGCCUGGGGAUUCAUUUUUCUACUUCGAUGUGCUGCAGUCUAUCACUGAUAUCAUUGAAAUCAGCGGCGUCCCGACUGUGGUUGGUGUUUUCACCACACAGCUGAACAGCAUCCCUGGCUCAGCAGUUUGCGCUUUCAACAUGGAAGACAUUGAGAAAGCCUUCAAAGGGAGAUUUAAAGAGCAGAAAACCCCAGACUCUGUUUGGACAGCUGUACCCGAAGACAAAGUACCGAGGCCAAGACCUGGCUGCUGUGCAAAACAUGGCCCGGCAGAGGCUUACAAAACCUCCAUUGAUUUCCCAGAUGAAACGCUUUCUUUCAUCAAGUCCCAUCCUUUGAUGGAUUCCGCUGUUCCAUCUGUCAUUGAGGAGCCGUGGUUCACAAAGACGCGAGUCAGGUAUCGGCUGACCGCAAUAGCCGUGGAUCAUUCAGCUGGCCCUUAUCAAAACUACACUGUCAUCUUUGUGGGCUCUGAAGCUGGAAUGGUGCUUAAGAUCCUGGUGAAGACCAGAGCUUUUUCACUCAACGACAGCAUCUUACUGGAAGAGAUCGAUGCUUUCAAUCACGCCAAAUGUAAUGGGGAUGGUGAAGAGGACAAAAAAGUCGUCUCUCUACAACUGGACAAAGAGCACCAUGUGUUGUUUAUUGCGUUCUCCAGCUGCAUCAUUAGAAUUCCCCUCAGCCGUUGUGAGCGUCAUGGAUCAUGUAAAAAGACUUGCAUUGCUUCUCGGGACCCUUACUGUGGCUGGUUGGCCCACGGAUCCUGCGGGAGAGUGAGAGCAAGCAUGUUGUUGUCUUUGUUUGUUUCAUACAACCACAGCAUUGGAGGGUAUGAGCAAGACGUGGAGUACGGCAACACUGCCCACCUGGGGGAUUGCCACGAAAUUUUGCCUACUACAACUACACCAGAUUACAAAAUAUUUGGCGAUCCAACAUCUGACAUGCUGUUAUCCUCAGCUUCCAUUACCACAGUGGGAAGCAUCCCUGUUAUCUCGCCCAAAGUGAUUGGUUCCUGGAAACCUAAAGUGACUGGCUCUCGGAAAUUUGUAGCUCAAGAUGACCCAAACACUUCUGAUUAUUCUGAACCUUUAUCAGGGGUUCCAAAGGGUGUGAGGUGGGAAGUCCAGUCGGGCGAUUCCAACCAAAUGGUGCACAUGAACGUCCUGAUCACCUGUGUCUUUGCGGCUUUCCUUCUGGGAGCGUUUAUUGCCGGCGUGGCUGUUUACUGUUACCGAGACGUUUUUGUGAGAAAAUCCAGGAAGAUUCAUAAAGACGCGGAGUCGGCUCAAUCCUGCACGGAUUCCAGCGGGAGUUUUGCCAAGCUGAACGGCCUCUUCGAUAGCCCGGUGAAGGAGUAUCAGCAGAACAUCGAUUCGCCCAAACUUUAUUCCAACUUGCUGACAAGUCGCAAAGAGCUGCCCCAGACGGCGGACACGAAGUCCAUGUUGAUGGUGGACCACAGAGCCCAACCACCAGAACUGGCAGCUCUUCCGACUCCAGAAUCGACUCCUGUGCUUCAGCAAAAGACCUUACAAGGGAUGAAGAGCCAGAUGGAGAAGGCCCAGAACAACCUCAGCUCUUCAAGGAAAGAAGCCCCCUUGAAGAGUCCUCAGUUUUUCCCCUCCAGUCCUCCACCCCAUUCUCCUUUAAGUCACGGACACAUCCCCAGCGCUAUUGUCCUUCCCAAUGCCACCCACGAUUACAACAUGUCCUUCUCCAAUUCUAAUGCGCACAAAGCAGACAAAAAGAUGCCCAAUGUGGACCACCCACUGACUAAGUCCUCGGGUAAAAGAGACCACAGACGAUCUGUGGAUUCCAGAAACACCUUGAAUGACUUCCUGAAACAUUUAAACGAGGCCCCCAGCAACUCCAAAGCCAUCAUGGCUGACCUUCAGGUGGCUCACCAGACUUUAAUGUUGGAUUCCAUGGGCAACGUGACGGAGGUCCCCCCCAAAGUCCCUAACCGGGAAGCGUCUUUGUACUCUCCUCCUUCCACCUUGCCACGAAAUAGCCCGACCAAACGGGUCGACGUCCCCAACGCGCCGGCGGCACCAAUGACCUCUUUGGAAAGGCAAAGGGGCUACCACAAGAAUUCUUCCCAGAGGCAUUCUAUAUCAGCUCUUCCUAAAAACUUAAACUCCCCAAACGGGAUGCUGCUUUCCAGGCAGCCUAGCGUUAACCGGGGAGGAUAUAUGACUCCGACCGGAGGCACAAAGAUGGACUACAUCCAAGGGACACCGGUCAGCGUCCAUCUACAGCCUUCCUUGUCUAGGCAAAGCAGUUACACAAGCAACGGAACGCUUCCUCGGACAGGGAUAAAGAGGAUGCCCUCACUUAAGCCAGAUGUGCCACCUAAACCUCCUUCUUUUGCCCCACAGACGCCUUCGGUCAGACCACUGAACAAAUACAGUUACUAAAACUUUGCCUAAUCAAGCCAUCCAGACCUUGGGGGCGAUGGUGCAGGACAGAUGGAAAGAAAGACUCCGACUCGCUUGUCACGGAGGGCAUUGUGGGGGGUGGGACCGAAUUUGGGGGGCAAACAGGUUCUUUUUGCUCCGUCGGCUGGUUUGGUCUGGCCCGCAGCAAGACUCCGCUUGCCCCAUGCGUUAAAGAGAGAGGAAGGGCUGGCCACUGCAUCUCUUGUGUUGGGAGUGGAGGAGAGACGUAGCACACACACACACACACACACACACACACACACAAAAGGAUGGGACUCCGUGGCCACUUCGAAAGAGCUACUUUAGAGUACUUUAGGGAGAAAGCAGAUCUGCGAACGACGACAACAACAACAACAAAAAAUACUUGAAAUUAAUAAUAAUAAUAAUAAUUAAAGUAAGAAUAAAAAAGGGGGGGUUGUUUUUAGACUGCCAUACUGUGUAGUCUUCCCACAAAAUGUGAACGUUUAAAAAAAAAAACUAUGUAUGCAUUUGCCUUGCCUCUUGCACAAAUAUCUGGAAGGAAAAAAAAAAUGUCUCGAGAUACGUCUGUUGAUUAAGGAAGCAGCGAGCUGAACUUCAGCCUCUUGGUCCGACAGUAGCAUUUUUAUUUCUGCCUCCAAAGGAUGGCAGUUUGUUUUAACGGCACAGAUGAAAGGGGAGAAGGAGGUGAGAGGGGGUUGCAUGCAAGGGUGCGAGGGAGCCUAGAAUCGUUAGGGAGGUGCUCAAAUUCCAUUGUUGUUGUCUGGAUAGAACUGUUUACAUUUGUGGCAGGACGAGGACCUGCCGGAAGCUUCCACUCUGGGACUCUGGCCUUGGAAAGAUGCACUGCAGAGGUCAUGCUUGGCCGAUACAGGUAGUCCUCGACUUACGACCACCGUGGAGCCCAAAAUUUCUGCCGCGAAGUGAGACAUUUGUUAAGUGACUUUUGCCCCCUUUUUCUGGCCGCCGCUGUUAAGUGAAUCACUGCAAUUGUUUAAGUUAGUGACACGGUUGUCGAGUCGACCUUGGCUUUCCCAUUGAGUUUGCUGGUCAGAAAAGUGGGUCACAUGACUCCCCAGGACACUCCAACGGUCAUAAAUAGAUGCCAGUUGACAAGUUGUCUGAAUUUUGAUCACGUGAUCAAUGCUGCAGCAGUUCUAAGGGUGAAAAAUGAUCGUAAGUCACUUUUUUCAGUGCCCUUGUAACGUCAAACGGUCACUAAAACAACCUGUUGCAAGUUGAGGACUACCUGUCUUGAUUGUGACCUAGGACACAAUUAAGGUACAAUGUGAAACAAGCCAAACAUAGAUAUCCAAAGCUAGGCUGCUCUAAAGCUAGAUCUCUAAUUUCCAACUGUUGUUUUAAUGGGUUACCCAUUGACCCAACCACUAUCCUUCAAAACAUCAAGGGCUGAAGCCAUCCAGUGUAGAGGUUCUUAAUUUCCCCAAAUUUCAAACACAUCUUCAUGAAAGAAAAAGAGGAUAUUCCCAUGCAAGAAAAUACCCCAGAUUUCUGGGUGUUUCUUUUUUCAAAUGAAAGAGUUGCUCCGUAGCUUCCUGCAGUGUCCUUCCACCAUCUGUCUUAAGCUCAUGGGAAGUCAAGGAGAAACCCCAUUAUUGUCUUUUAUGAGUCCAACAACAUGUCAAGCCUAAUGUGAGGUGAGAAGGUACAUUUGCCAUUGGGCUUCUCUGACCACUGCUUACAUCAUUGUCAGGAGAUUCUUCUCAUUGUUAAAGAGCUCCGUUGAACUUAUUGAGUAUGUUCCUACAACACUAAGCUGACAUUCCCUACUCUGGUCCUCCGGAUAAGUUGGGACUGCAAGUCUCGAUAGACCAACUUGGUUGAUUUAGAAUUGCUGGAAGUUGUGAGUACAACCCACAACUCCCAGCACAAUGGGAGGACACAAGUUUGAGAGAGGGUCACUUGAAGCUGCAAAAAGCAGUUGGUAGCUCUCCAGAUAUUGCUAAACGACAAGUCCCAACGUCUGUAGGAAGCAUGCCAACAGUGAAUGGUGAGGGAUACUAGAAGUUGUAGUUAGUAACAUCUUAGUUGUCUCCUUCUGUAUGAAGCUUUGUGAUUUCCUCCCAAGUUUUGAAAACGUACCCUUCCAACACUUGUGGUAAGAACCAGAAGGUUCAAGCAAUGUUCUCACUGUUAUAACAGGUGUUGGCUUUGGAUGUUAUGUGAACACACCCAAUAUACGCUACGUUCCUAAGUCAGGGAGAUAAAUGUGACAUGAUUAUCCCCAUAAUAUAACCAUCCCACCCACCCCCCAAUGUCUUAGCAGGAUCCAUCCAUCAAAAUUCAACAGAAGCACAGCCCAUCUUUUUAGCUUAUGGUUUCUUCGAAGCCAUGCCAACCACAACACUAUUGUAAAUAUUCUGUGUGUGACUUUACUCAGAUCUGUGCAUUUUGUGCCUUAUUCACAAGAAUGAUUUUUUUUUUCCUAAAUCGCUCACUACUAAAAAAAAAAAAAAAAAUCCUGUCAAGUGUUCUCUGUAAUAGUACAUCGUAAACCCCUGAGUGCUUUUAAGUUCUCUCUGCAGUGUCCAAAAACAUGAAAGGGAAAAAAGCAGAGAAGGAAGGGAUUAAAUAUUUUCCGCGGAACCGUUCAUUAUCCAUGAAAAAACUAAUCUAUAAGCCAAGAAACCUCGCUGUGCUAAACAUCCAACCCUGAAUUGCUUAAGAAUCAAACUGCAACAAUGGGAAAUCGUAGAAGAUUUGUAGGAGAAUACAAGCCACCCAAAGUUGCCCAGGCUACAGUGUGUGUGCGCUUAUCGCUGAUUGUCGACUCAGAUGAGGAUCUUGAUUUGUGUUGGAUGUUCCACCAUUUGGUUGCUGAAGCCUCCGUGACCAAUCUCUAAAAAGUUUACAGGUCAAAUACAAAACGUCCGUUUCUGCCAUAAGUUAAAAAAAGGAAGUUUUCAAAUUGAUGGUUCUUUCAUAUAGACCAGGGGUCUCCAACUUUGGCAACUUUUAAGACUUGUGAACUUCAACUCCCAGAGUUGACUGAACUUUGGAAGUUGAAAUCCGCAAGUCUUAAAGUUGCCAAGGUUGGAGACCCCUGAUAUAGACCAGUGAUGGCGAACCUUUUCGGCAACGAGUGCCCAAAUUGGAAUGUCCAUGCCUGUGUGUGCAUGUGCAUGCGCCGGAGCACCGGAAACCCGAAGUCCAGCUGGCUGGCGCGCGCAUGCCUGUUUUUUGGCUGGUUUUGGCCAUUUUUCAGGCUGUUUUUCAGCUGUUUUGGGGCCAGAAAAAGGCCCCAAACCUGCCUGUUUCUUGGCUGUUUUUGGCCAUUUUUUGCCAUUUUCCGGCCAUUUUCCAGCACUCGCAAACACCAGCUGGUGACGGCGCACGUGCCCACAGCGAGGGCUUUGCGUGUACCUCUGGCACAUGUGCCAUAGGUUUGCCAUCAAGGAUAUAGACAGUUAAACUCAUUUUCCAAUCUGUAGGUCAAGCAUUACUUGUCUCCCAAAAUGCCACAAGUAAUUUUUCUAAAAAAAUAAAAUAAAAUAUCUUCAGUCUUGCAACUAAUACCUUUUAAUUUUUUUUAUAAAAAAAAAGAAAGAAAAGAAAAGAAAUCAAACCGCAAAAAAAUGUAAUUGACGUCACUUUACAAUCAUUAAUGAGUAAUACAUACUUGUGUAAAACUGAAACAUAAAUGUUAUGUGAACCCGAAUAACUUUUCUGUAACAUUGUGCUGCCUCGUUUGUGGGUAACGUGAGUCAUCUCAGUAUUUCUGUUGGGGAAAAAAAAAAAAAAACCCUCUAACAUUCGACAUAGUCUUUAUUCUGUUAAUUUAUAAUUUGUGUUGGGUUUUUUUUUUUCCUCCUUAAAAAAAAUAAAUAAACACAUGCUUUAUCCGUUUGUGCAAAGGUAAAUGCAGAUUGUAUCUUUUUUUAAAUGGUACAGGUGAUUUAAAAAAAAAGUAAAAAAAAGAAACAGUAACCCGGAGAGGAAAAAAAAAAGGAAAGAAAAACUGCUCUAUACAAGCUAUAGAGUACGUUAACGUGUAUAUAGAUAUCUUAUAAAACUUGUACUUGUGGAUGUGUAAAUAAAAGACGUCCUUUGGGUUUUUAACACCGCAUGUAAAGAUGAAAUAAACUCUUCA